CCUUAACCCGUCAAAUCCACUUUCAGACCUGCUCCUCUCCCCAACCGCCUCUCAGCCCUGCCUGAUCCACACAACUGGCUCACUCAGCUGCCAUCCAGCAAACGAAUAAGCAAUACCAGGAAGCGUUACAGCCCUGCGUGUUGUCUUCGUUGGCAAACCAGCCCCUAACUAGUCGGCCUCGUAAUCACCUGCCCACCCAACCCCGGGAUAGCAUAAAUCGAAACCGAAGAACGAUCACCAUCUGUGCAGAAAGAUCCUCGAUGGCAGCCUUCGUCCAUUCUUACCCUCAGGUGGCGGGAGAUUUUGCGUUUGGCCAAUACUUCGACGGGAUCGCCUCGACACCAGCGGCGGGAUGCCUGAUGACCCCUCCACCUUUUCGCAUCAGCACAUCUUCCCCCGCAUCUCGAAGCCACAUGGCCUAUCAACGACCCCGAAACCGACGGAAAUCGCAAGAAAGUUCAAGCCUGUCAGAAACCGGUGCCUCCGCACUCGUUUCGGAUGUACCAAAACCAAGAAAACGAGGCCGGAAACCCAAAGUCGAACCUAAAGAGCCUGCAAAGGCACGUCGAAAGCAAAAGGGGGAGAGCAAUGACGACGAGGAUCUUCCUAGGGACCCCCGGCGACCGCGCAUCCUCGAACGCAAUAGAAUCGCUGCUACUAAGUGUCGUCUGCGCAAACGGGAUGAAGCGUCAGCACUCGCCUCCCGUGAGCAGGCCAUGGACGAUCAGAACCGAUACCUCUCAACCUAUUUCGACCAGCUGACUGCCGAGAUCUACCACUUGAAGACCCAGCUCUUGCGGCAUACUGAUUGCAACUGCGUUCUCAUCCAGAAAUACAUUGCAAACGAAGCGAGAAAGUCCGUCGAUGGCCUCUUAUCUUGCUCUUCGGCCUUUCAACUCCCUGACGGACUCACACCUCCACACCACAGGGGCCCAAGCGGCAGCAGAACAAGUGGAACAGAUUCCUUGAGCAUCCAAACGCCUGAGAUGGAAAGUGCCCCGCCAACAUGGACCGACCCUUUUCAGCAAGGCUCAAGGUCGUCGGAAGUCGGAGAUGAUUUGUUUGAUAUGGUAUUAGAGCCGUUCCAAAAAGAACCACUCCCGGCGCCAAGCCAAUCUAUUUCAAAUGUGCCCUCCCUGUCCAGAUGCGACCAGGGAGUUUUUGGUAGCUCAGGGCCACAGCCCCAGCCGGUGGUUGGAAUGGUUUGGGAAUCGCAAUGGGGGUUUCACUGAUGUCGGCCGUAGUGCUGCCGUUUCAUGCCCAACGAGUGACGGGAGUAUACGAACUGAAUGGAACAAAUACAGUUCAAGUUGCCUUUCCUGGUCCUCAUGGAAGGCCACAUAAUAGCCCAGAGAUGUCUUGUCGGGGCUAGGGGGGAUUGGCUAAGUGGGGUAUCGAAGAUUCCACUGAAUGUACGGAGGGCUCUUUCAAAACU